AUGCCGCCAAGCCCCGCGACCCCGGAAGCAGCGCUGGAGCUGUUUCAGUCCGGCGGCGAGGUUUCCGCCGCGGACCUUGCAGCUGGCCUCGACGCACUCCGCCAGGCAGCUGAGGAUGGAGCAGGGCAGGAUGCAAUGGACCUGAUCGUCGGCAACAUGCCCACCAUCGUGGCGGCCACAGCGCGCUGCCUCUCCUCCGAGGAGUGUGACCAGUCCUUUGUGGACGCGGUCGAAGCAACUUCUCGGCUGGCCGAGUGCCUGCGUGAUGGGCCUCACGCCUUCUCCUCCUCAGAGCUGGCGGCGUCCCUCAUUCAUCUGCUCAGCGUUCCCCGCGAUGGCAAAUGGCAAAACGCAGCCGAUCCGUCCCAGCGGGCAGCCGCCGCCCAGCACGCGUGCGCGGCAAUAGCCCGUAUCGCGUCGCAACCGGAGGGCCGUGCGUGCGUUCGCAGAGGCGCUGUGCCAAAACUGCUCGGGUUGUUGACUCAGCAAGCACCAGCCGCAUUGCAAGCUCAAGCCGCAACGGCGCUCGCGGCAUGCCUCAACUCUGCACUGGCACGCAUACAGCUUCGAACGGCGGACCUGGAUGGUCUGAUCCGCCUUGCUGCGGCGCCUGGCGGGGAUGAGGGCGCGGACGCCAUUACAGCCAGAGCAAAGGCGCACCUCGCGCUUGCCACUGCGCUGCCCGACGCUAUCUUGCGCUCCAAGUUGCUCGAGCACAAAAUGGUCGCCAAUGUGAUUACCAUCCUGCAGCUCCCAGAUUCUGACGAUGCACCGCCCGAUUUCACUGACCUGAUGGCGAACGCGGCAUCUUUGGUGGCCGCUGUCGCAAACUUCGAAGACGGUCGCAUGGCUUUGCAACGUCUGGACGCGGUUCCACUGUUGGUCCAGUGUCUCAAAGAGCCGACACACACGUCCGCACAGUUGCUGUCCAACGUAGCCCUUGCCAUCGAGAACCUCGCGCGAUCCCCACAGAUUGCGCAUUCGCUCGGGCCAGCAGCUGCCCUCCCGCUCCUCCAGCUCCUCGCUGCUGAGCCCCCUGAAGCCCUUGGGCCUGUUGCAGCACGGUUCGAGUCUGCGGACUGGGAGGCGGUGCGGCAAGCUGCUUGCUCGGCAAUUGUCGCACUGCUGCCCACACCAGCUCUGGAGCCUCUCUUGUCUGACGGCACGGCCGGCCUGAAAAUGUUGGCAUCCCUCGUGUGCGAGGCAGACACUCUGCCGCCGCUUCGCGCCAAGGCGGCGGAUGCGCUCGGUCUCGUGGCUUGCAGCCAGGAGGGGCGUGACGCAGCCAUGGAAGUCGUGAAGCCAGCCAUCGUCGCGCUGGCCGAGUGGCUCCGGCCCGCGAGAAGGCUCGAGGCUGAGGCGGCGAGCCAGACGGAGGCGGCGAGCGAGGCGGAGCCAGAGGAGUGUCGCGUCGAGGCGGCGCUCCACGCCCUCGCCGCCCUUGCCGCGCACGAGGAGCUGCUCGGGAGCCCGUCAGCUCCGCUGCGUCGUGCCGCACUGGCCGCCAUCGCCGCAGCUUGCCACGGGCGCGACGCCGCGUCGGCCGAGGUUUGCGUCUCUCUUGGCGCCGUGCAGCACUUGGUCGCGCUCAAGGCUGAGGGCGAACACUCUGCCGCUGCCUCCAUGGCGCUCCAGGCGGUGUGCACUGCGCUGCCCUCGGCCAGGCUGUGGCUCAACUCGCACCUCCCCGUGGGCGUGCCCCUCGGCGAGGAGUUCCUCGCCGUGCCAAAGGACGUGCCGUUGGUUGGCGCGGCGGCGCUCCGGUCGAUGCAGCCCGAGGGCGAGGCGGCGGCGAUCUUCCACGUGUCUGGCGCCGACGCGGCGCUCGAGUCGCUCAAGGCUAGGGCGCUCCUAGUGCGGGCCGCCUCGGCCGCCGACACCGUGCGAGGCCUCGCCGUGCUGGUGAGCGACCGGAUGGGCGGCAGCGUCCCGUACGAGGAGUACGAGUCCUUCGACGGCGCGGCGCAGGCGGCCUCUCUCUGCAAGGCUGCCGCCUCGCGCGUUCUCCCCCUCGGCUCGCUGACACGCGGCGGGGCGCGCGCGCGUGCCGUCCUCUUCAAGGCGCUCGCCGACAGCUGCGGCCUCGGCUGUGGCCUCUCCCUCGGCAGGUGCGUGAAUGGCGCCCACGCCCACCACGCGUGGGCGUCGGUGGUCGUGGACUCUCGCGUCGCAAUCGUCGAUUUGCUGCACAAUCCCGGGGAGUUGCUGCCCGAUGGCUCGGACGCGGCGCGGCGCUACCAACGCGUGUGGGAGCACGCCUUCUCGUCGCUCGCCGCGUCGCGCGCCACGCCGUUUGAAGUUCGGCUGCCGGUGGCGGCGUGA